GCAUCCGUUCACUUCGCAACCAUCAACAUCGCCUUCUCCCACUUCAUAAACCAAUGGCUUUCGUCAUGCCAUGCCAUACCACGCCUCGACCCACCUCGCCUCCCCUACGCUCGACACCUCAACUCUGCCAAACUCACCUGUUCUUCUCUUUUCAACUGCGAUCAGCAAGAUCCUUUUGUUAGCAGAGCCACAGAGCUUGGCCUGAUGCUUUCUCCCUACAUCGCCGUUGUUUUGAGGCUACUCGGGGACAAGUUGGAGACUGCGGCAAGGCAAUUUGAAGUCAGUGGUGGUGGUGGUGGUGGUGAUGGUGGUGGUGGUGGUGGUGAUGGUGGUGGUGGUGGUGGUGGUGGUGGUGGUGGUGGU